AUGGUGCUCAACCUACUCUUCAUUACAACUGUCAUCAAAUCCACAUUCGGUGUGGUAACCACCGGCCUGUGGCUCAUACCCCUAAUGUUGGCCGCCAUCACCUAUUAUCGCUACGAUGCCGUCGAUCCCGAAUCCCGACCGCUAGACCAGCUAAAUCUCUGGCCUGAAUAUGACUUUAUUGUCGUGGGCAGCGGUUCAGCGGGUGCCGUAGUGGCCAACCGAUUGUCCGAGGUGCGCAAAUGGAAGGUGCUCCUCAUAGAGGCGGGGCCGGAUGAAAACGAGAUUUCCGAUGUGCCCUCGCUCGCUGCUUAUCUGCAGCUCAGUAAAUUAGACUGGGCCUAUAAGACCGAACCAUCGAAUAAAGCCUGCCUAGGCAUGCAAAAUAAUCGCUGUAAUUGGCCGCGAGGUCGAGUACUAGGCGGCAGUAGCGUGCUCAACUACAUGCUCUAUGUGCGGGGCAACCGGCACGACUACGACCAUUGGGAGUCGCUUGGCAACCCAGGCUGGGGCUACGAGCAGGUGCUGCACUACUUUAAGAAAUCUGAAGACAAUCGAAAUCCCUAUCUGGCUAAUAGCGCCUACCAUGGUCGAGGCGGCCUUCUAACAGUUCAGGAGUCGCCAUGGCACUCGCCUCUGGUCGCCGCCUUUGUGGAGGCGGGCACUCAGCUAGGCUAUGACAAUCGUGAUAUCAAUGGUGCUAAGCAGGCGGGCUUCAUGAUUGCUCAAGGUACGAUACGACGCGGAUCCCGCUGCUCCACAGCCAAGGCAUUCCUGCGACCCAUACGCCAACGGAAGAACUUCCAUUUGUCGAUGAACUCACACGUCACACGCGUCAUCAUCGAGCCGGGCACGAUGCGCGCUCAGGCCGUGGAGUUUGUCAAACACGGGAAGGUCUAUCGCAUAGCAGCAAGGCGGGAGAUCGUUCUGGCGGCGGGCGCAAUAAACACUCCCCAGUUGAUGAUGCUAUCGGGUCUGGGGCCGCGAAAGCAUUUGGAGAAGCACGGCAUUCGAGUGCUGCAGGACCUGCCUGUCGGUGAAAAUAUGCAGGAUCACGUCGGCAUGGGAGGCUUAUCAUUUUUAGUGGACAAGCCCGUGGCCAUUGUUCAGGAUCGCUUCAAUCCCACCGCCGUUACCUUUCAAUAUGUGCUGCGCGAACGUGGUCCCAUGACCACACUGGGUGGUGUGGAGGGUCUAGCCUUUGUGCAUACGCCCUACUCGAAUCGCAGCAUAGAUUGGCCGGACAUACAGUUCCACAUGGCACCAGCCUCCAUUAACUCAGACAAUGGUGCGCGCGUUAAGAAGGUUCUGGGCCUCAAAGAGUCUGUGUACCAGGAGGUCUACCAUCCUAUCGCCAACAAGGACACGUGGACGAUCAUGCCGCUGCUGCUACGUCCGCGAUCACGUGGCACCGUGCGUCUGCGCUCUCCCAACCCCUUCCAUUAUCCACUCAUAAACGCCAACUACUUCGACGACCCGUUGGACGCUAAAACGCUGGUUGAAGGCGCCAAGAUUGCGCUCCGCGUAGCCGAAGCCAAAGUCUUUAAGCAGUUCGGUUCACGACUCUGGCGCAAGCCCCUGCCCAACUGCAAGCAACACAAGUUUCUGUCUGAUGCCUACCUUGAGUGCCACGUGCGCACCAUUUCGAUGACCAUAUAUCACCCGUGUGGCACGGCCAAAAUGGGACCCGCCUGGGAUCCCGAGGCUGUGGUGGAUCCGCGACUGCGUGUCUAUGGUGUGCGCGGUCUGAGGGUCAUCGAUGCCAGCAUCAUGCCCACCAUUAGCAGCGGCAACACCAAUGCACCGGUCAUUAUGAUCGGUGAGAAGGGCGCCGAUCUCAUCAAGGAGGACUGGCUGAAGAAUCCCGAGUACAAAGUAAAGCGGCACAGUAGCGCUGGCACUGGCAGUGGCAGUGGCAGUGGGGACGAGCGUGCACCAACAGCGGACAAGUUAAUGCAGUCUAGCUGGGCAUCUGAACGAGCGCCUCGUCUACGUGACCAAUCGAUGUGCGAUCAUCGCAUUGAGCCAGCUGCCAAACAAUACAAAGAGAGCGAUCGUUAG